AUGAAUUCAGAUUUAAAUUAUUCACAUAACUCAACUUCAUAUUCUACUUUAAACUCAAGUCUUAAUUCAAAUACAGAUAAUAAUACUACCCAUUCAAAUUAUGGGUCAACAUCAUCCGCAUCUUCACUUUCUUCAGGUGAAGAAGAACCAUUCCAAAAAUCUAAUAGACCUCACCUUAGACAACCACCAUUUGAAUCAUCAUUACCACAUUUAAAUACUAAUAAUUAUUCUAAUUCAAAUUCAAAUUCAAAUUUGAAUUUAAAUUCUUUACCUAAUUCAAAUUCAAAUCAGAUACCAAAUUCAAUUCCACAUUCAUCAACAUCAUUUUCACCUUCUCCAUCACCUCCAAAAUCAAAUUCUUUACAAAAUAGUCAUAUAAUUACUUAUAUUGGUAGAAUAUAUUCAAUACUAGAUGCAUUAUUACUAAUAGAAGCAUGUAGAUUAAAAAUGUUACCAAUAAUAAAUAGAAGAUUAACUAUCCUUGAAAGAUCAAAAUUUAUAAAACCAAAUACAAUAUUUAUAUGGAAUGAAACAUCAUGUGGUAUGAAAAGAUGGACAGAUGGGAAAAUUUGGUCAGCAUCAAAAGUUUAUAAUGGGAAUUUUUUACAAUAUAAAGAAUUAAAUAAAUUUACUAAAAAGGAAGAAACUAAUGGAUUAAUUAAACAACUGUAUUCAUUAACAACAAAAACAAAUCAAAGAUUUCAUUUAAUUUCAUAUUUUAAAAAUAAUUAUCAUGAAGAUUUUUUAAAUAAUGUCAAUAAUAAUAGUGGUAGUAUGGAUUUUCUGGAAAAUUUAAAUUUAGUAAAUAUACCAUCUCAUGAUCCAAAAUUAAAAGGUUUGAAAUUAUCAAAUGACAUAUAUCCUGAUCAUUCGUUACAUACAUUAAAUAAUAAUUCACCAUUAGUUGAAAAAUCAAAAUUACAACAACAACAACAACAACAACAACAAUCAAGACAACCUAGUUUUUCAAAAAAUCAUCAAUAUCACCAUCAUAACAACAAUCAAAGCCCAAAUGUUCAACAAAAUCAACAAAAUAACUCAGAGCAUAAUAGUAUAGUCUUACCACCUCAACUACCUCAUUUUUCUUCAAAUCCAAAUAAUUUACAACAAUUGCAUAAUAUGAAUUAUGAUCCAUAUAUCAAUAAUUCACGUUCUGAUUCUCAUACAAAAUCAGAUGGAUCUAUUCCUACUAUUGAAAAUCAUCACAAUAAUAAUACCAAUUUCUAUGAUAAACAAAAUCCACAGCAUCAAUUUAAUAAUUAUAUAAAACAUGAGAAUAAUCAAAUACCAAGCUAUCGUUCUCAACAACAGCAGCAACAACAAGUACAACAUUCAUUAGGACCACAACAAAUAUCUCAACCUCAACCACAACCUUACAGUACACAGAAAGAACAUAAGUAUAACAAUCAAAAUGGUAAUUACAACAACAAUACCCCACCACAACAAUUAGAUAAAAUACAGCAUCAUGCACCAAAUACUUCAGAUAAUGAACCAAGAGAUAAACUACAAGAUUUAAUUGAACAAAAUAAUCAAAUACAUAAACAUGGAAGACAAAAUUCAAAUUCAACACCAAAUAUAAAUUCAAAUCCUAAUUCCAAUUUUGAUUCAAGAAUUAUUGAAGUUUUGAAUAAAGGUUGGUUGAAAUAA